UGAAACAUAAUUUCCGUUGUGUUUUCCCACUUCAAAGUCAGUGGCGAUUGACGGGAGUACAGCUUAGUGGCCGUUGAUGGACCAUCCCUAUGAAGACACAAGGCUACAAUGGGACAGAGUACCUCAGAACAAGAGGUCCAAGACGACACUUCCCCGGACAGAUUUGAAAACCUCAAGACUUUUGUGGAGGAAGAGCUACAGACGAGCAUGAUGGUGGGAAUGGUCAUUGGCGCCGGUGUCGCCAUAGUCCUCAUCGCCAUCCUCAUCUUCUUCAUCUUGCGGAGAAUCCAACUUCGGAACAUUGAGGCUCAGGAGGCACCCAAAUAUCGCUUCCGUAAGAGAGACAAAGUCAUGUUCUACGGACGAAAGAUUAUGCGAAAAGUUUCGCAGUCUACCUCUUCACUUGUGGGGACAUCCUCCUCCUCUUCCUCUUCCUCUCGUCCACGCCUAAAGAAGAAGCAGAAAAUGCUCAACAUUGCCAAAAAGAUCCUGCGCUUCAAGAAGGAGGUGCCCAUCCUUCAGGCCAAGGAGCCCCCUCCCUCAGUGCUCGAGGCAGAUCUUACUGAAUUUGAUGUGGCCAACUCCCACCUCCCUUCUGAGGUGCUCUACAUGCUCAAAAAUGUCCGCGUGCUGGGUCAUUUUGAGAAGCCGCUCUUCCUAGAGCUCUGCAAACACAUGGUCUUUCUGCAGUUCCAGCAGGGAGAGUACGUCUUCAGGCCCGGUCAGCCAGACAGCAGUAUAUACGUGGUUCAGGAUGGAAAACUAGAACUGUGCCUUACAGGAAUGGACGGCAAAGAGAACGUGGUCAAGGAGGUUUAUGCUGGUGACAGUGUUCACAGCCUCCUUAGCAUUCUGGAUGUCAUCACAGGCCAUCAGAAGCCUUACAGAACAGUGUCGGCUCGAGCUGCAGAGGUUUCCACUGUUCUCCGUUUACCUGUUGAGGCCUUCCUCUCCAUAUUUGAGAAGUAUCCUGAGAGUCUGGUGCGAGUUGUUCAGAUUAUAAUGGUUCGCCUCCAGAGAGUUACAGUCCUUGCUCUGCACAACUACCUGGGCCUGACCAAUGAGCUCUUCAGUCAUGAAAUGCAGCCUUCACGUCUCCCACCGCAGUCACCUCACGCUCCACGCACCAGUCCUGUCCGCCAUGGGAAGCGCUUUGGCAGCCUGACUGUUCCAGAGGAGCAUCGGGAAGCUGCCAUUAAAGGGGAAGCUGCAGGCGGGGAACAAGGAAAAGAGGGUGGUCCGCCAAAUCUUAGCAGGACAAUUUCUAUGCCUGUGGACAUCUCUGGUAUUCAGAAAAGUUUGAGAUCAGAUUUUGACAUGGCAUAUGAGAGAGGACGGAUUUCUGUGUCAGCAGAAGAUGGCAACACCCCUCCCACAUUCACUCGGUCUGUUUCCCAUGAACAACGUGAGAGGAGAGUAACAGUGGAUGAGGUUCCAUCAGGUAUUUACUUGUAUCCUGAGGAAGAAUCGGGUUUAGACAACAUUUUCACACCCGUAUCCAGCCGCUCCAGCGCUUCUCUGUUUGAGGAAGCUCAAAAAGAAGUUCUCAGACUCAUGCGGAUUGAGGAUCCAGGUUUGUUAAGCGGGAGAGCAACUCUGCACCAUGCCAAAGCUGGAGCUGUUUUAGCUAGACAGGGAGAUCAGGAUGUGAGUCUGCACUUUGUCCUUUCUGGUUGCCUGCAUGUCUACCAGCGAAUGAUCGACAAACAGGAGGCCGUCUGCUUGUUUGUUACCCACCCUGGAGAGAUGGUUGGCCAGCUCGCUGUGCUCACGGGAGAACCCCUUAUCUUUACCGUUAAGGCUGUCCGAGACUGUACUUACCUGAAGAUCUCAAAGUCAGAUUUCUAUGAGAUAAUGAGGGAACAGCCCAGCGUAGUUCUGAGUGUGGCCCACACAGUGGCCAUUCGAAUGUCAGCUUUCGUCAGGCAGAUGGACUUUGCAAUUGACUGGAUGGCUGUAGAAGCUGGCAGAGCCCUCUACAGGCAGGAUGACCAGUCCGACUGCACCUAUAUUAUUCUGAAUGGACGUCUACGUUCCGUCAUCCGUAAGGCAAAUGGCAAGAAAGAGCUGGUUGGGGAAUAUGGUAGAGGAGACCUCAUUGGUGUGGUGGAGGCAUUGACCAAGCAGCCCAGGGCCACAACAGUUCAUGCUGUGAGAGACACAGAGCUGGUUAAACUGCCAGAGGGAACGCUCAACAACAUUAAAAGGAGAUAUCCACAGGUUGUGACGAGGUUGAUCCACUUGCUCGGUCAGAAGAUUCUGGGGAACCUGCAACAGGGCCGGGGUCCGUUCUCAGGUUCAGCUCUGAGUUUGCCAAGUAUGUCAACAAGUGCAGAUGUUACAAACCCAGCUAGUAACCUCUCCACUGUGGCUGUGCUUCCUGUAUGUGAUGAAGUUCCAAUAAACGCGUUCAACUUGGAGCUUAGCCAUGCCCUCAGUGCCAUUGGCCCCACUCUGCUUCUCACCAGCGAUAUAAUCAGGGAGCGUCUGGGAGCUUCUGCUUUGGACAGUAUCCAUGAGUAUCGUCUGUCUGGCUGGCUGGCCCAGCAGGAGGACAUCAAUCGAAUCGUUCUAUACCAGACUGACAACAGCAUGACGCCGUGGACUCAGCGCUGCAUCCGGCAGGCUGACUGCAUCCUUAUAGUGGGUUUGGGGGACCAGGAACCCGCUCUGGGAGAAUUGGAACAGAUGCUGGAAAACACAGCAGUCCGAGCUUUGAAGAAACUCAUCCUCCUGCACAGAGAGGAUGGACCGGGUCCGUCCAGAACUGUCGAGUGGCUAAACAUGCGCAGCUGGUGCUCCGGUCAUCUCCACCUAAAGUGUCCCCGCAGGGUUUUCUCCAGACGUGGCCCCACUAAACUUAGGGAGGUUUAUGAGAAGGUGUUUGAGAAAACGGCGGAUAGACACAGCGAUUUCUCUCGGCUGGCCCGAGUUCUCACUGGAAACAGCAUUGCGCUUGUGCUAGGAGGAGGCGGAGCAAGAGGCUGCUCACAUGUGGGGGUGAUUAAAGCUAUGGAGGAAGCGGGGAUUCCUAUUGACAUAGUGGGUGGCACAUCGAUCGGCUCAUUCAUCGGAGCUCUGUAUGCAGAGGAGAGAAGUGCUGUUCGGACUAAACAAAGAGCUAGGGAGUGGUCCAAGGCAAUGAAUUCAGUAUUUAAAACAGUCCUGGACCUCACCUAUCCCAUCACCUCCAUGUUCUCGGGUUCAGCUUUUAACACCAGUAUCUAUAAAGUCUUUCAGGACAAGCAAAUUGAGGAUCUGUGGCUUCCAUACUUCAACGUCACCACAGACAUCACAGCUUCCGCCAUGCGGGUCCAUCAGGAUGGUUGCGUCUGGCGCUAUGUUAGAGCCAGCGCCUCCUACACCCCCUAUUUACCUCCCCUGUGCGACCCCAAGGAUGGCCACUUGCUUGUGGAUGGUUGCUAUGUUAACAAUGUCCCAGGCUCUCUGUGGCGCUAUGUACGGGCGAGCAUGACCCUCUCAGGGUACCUGCCGCCUCUCUGCGACCCCAAAGACGGCAACUUGCUAAUGGACGGUGGCUACAUCAACAACCUGCCAGCGGACAUUGCAAGGAACAUAGGCACCAGGACGGUCAUUGCCAUCGAUGUGGGUAGCCAGGAUGAGACGGACCUCUGUAACUAUGGCGACAGCCUGUCUGGCUGGUGGCUGCUGUGGAAGAGAAUCAAUCCCUGGGCAGAAAAAGUGAAGGUUCCAGACAUGGCAGAGAUCCAGUCACGCUUGGCGUAUGUGUCGUGUGUGCGGCAGUUAGAGGUAGUAAAGAAAAGUGCCUACUGCGAGUACAUCAGACCACCUAUUGACCGCUUUAAGACCAUGGACUUUGGCAAGUUUGAUGAGAUCUACGACAUUGGCUAUCAGCAUGGCAAAUUGGUUUUCACUGGCUGGGCUCGAGGCGACAUCAUUGAGAACAUGCUGAGGGAUCACCGCUCUGCUGACUACAAUGACAGCAAGAGAACAGAUUCCUGCACGUGUCCAGGAGCUGACUUCACGGAUCUAGCAGAGAUCGUGUCCAGGAUAGAGCCUGUGCAAAGCUACGUAGCUGCAGAAGCAGAAGAGUCUGACUGUCUGACGGAGUACGAGGAAGAUGGGAUGGAUACAGUGAGAGAAGAAGAGGGGGAAGAGGAGGAGGAUGAGGAUCCUGAGGACCACUCCCCGGGGGAGUGGGGACAAAAUGGAGUCUUCCAGACUGAUGAGGAGAAAUCGGUGAGGCAACGCAGGAAACUUGCCAGCGACUCCAACGCUUCUGAAAUCUCUGACUGCUGACAGAGGGCCCUGGAGGAGCAAAGGACCAAGUGGCCAAAAACUGGCAGGACCUUAAAAGUGGCUGCUGCCCCCAGCACCUGAAAUCUCUAAAACAUCAGAACAUCUUUAUUUAUUUUUUUUGGACCACUUUUUAAGAACCAAGUUUGUGUUUAAUUGAGUCGUCUUUGCUUUAACCACUUUGGUCCUAAACAUAAGGAGGCUUCCUCAAACACUUCCCUUGGAUUUCUGCACUUUGAGGUACUAAGCUAACCAGAAGAUGAACCACUAUUCCACUCACUAAAUUUAACCAUUACACUUUAGAUCAAUGAUGAUUUCUACUUUCUACAAACUUGAUUUGGCAAAGCUUCUCUCCAUUGAUAGUUUAUCUUAUUCUAUGACCCUAAUUUUUUUGGUUUGAAUUUGUGUCUUUCAUUUUGGUCGUGGUAAUUUCUUAUUUCCGAUCGGCGGAGCUUCAAUUAGCUUCUUACCAAGACAACACAGAGACGAUGUGCUGCUAGGUCUAAAGGUGUGGUGAUCAAGAAAAUGUUAAUGUGGAGUUUAGGCUGAAUUAAUUGAUAAGUUUAGAACCAUGUUGAUAGUAGUCCACAGAUGAUAACUAGAGAGAGAAAAAAAAAUAGAUUUUUGAGCAAACCAAUGCAAUUUUUACUAAAUUUACAACUUUAGUUCAGUAGAACUAAAUGAGCUAGAAGUGCUUUAUAUAGAGUAGAUCAGUUAUGAGGAAGAAACCUGAACUGUAAAGAGGAAUGAAUGAUUUGAUUGGGUGAGUGAGUGAAUGACCAUAUUUGGGUUUCAGACCUUAGAGAUCAUCUCAGAAUCAAUUAACGUGUUUGUUCGUUUUUAACCGCCGUUCACGUAUGCUCGGUGAACUCAAGGCAAACAAGCCUGUUUGUGUUUGCACAGCGUCAGCACUCAGGGUUCCUGCGUAUGACUUGAUGUUUUUGUUUUGUUUUUUGGAGGGGUGGUGAAUAACUGGGUUUGUGUUCAGCUAGGUUCUCCAGUUGUUCAAAUAAAAUAAAAAUCCCCUUAACUAUGUAAAUAAGAAAUUACGCAGAAAUCCAGAGUAUCUUUAGCAAAACCUGUUUCAGAAAAUAAGAUUAUAGCAAGAUUUCAGAAUGUCAGUAUUCACAUAUGUACAUGAGAUGGAUUUUUUUUUGAAAGUUGAUGCUUUAGUACAUAAUAGGGAAACUAAACCAAAAAUAAUAAGGGGUUCUUUUAACAUCUGUUCUGUUGGUACCAGCAGGUUCUCAUCUUUGUUUAGUUUUUUUUUUUUAUUAAUUUAUUUUUUAAGUUAUGUGGCUACUACUGGGUUUGUAAAUGAAUGAAUGGCUGUUUUAUUUUAAAUAACAUGGCUUAAGCUUUGUGCACUGAAAUGUAUGUAUGAGGUAUUUUUUCCUAGGAAAAUGAUUACAAAGAGGUUUUAAUUUAUGAGGCAUAUUGGGAAAUAAACAUAACA